GUCCCUGCACGAGGAUUAAUGCUGAGCAUUAACACUCGUGAUUUUCCCUCCUGUCCUGAAACGUUUCUGUGAUCUCGUCGUCUGUGACCAUGAACGUGUCGGGGAUCCGCGGUGGGACGCUCAGGAUGUACGGUGGCUUUAUUUUCAAACGGUGGAAAAGGAGGUUUCUUCUACUCACAGCUGAGGGAAGUCUCCUUGUAAGCCGCGAUGCUUCGUCUCCUCCCGACCAGCUGGUUCUCCUGCACAGAAGCUGUGAGGCCAUUGUGGAAGGCAAGGAGAUACUGGACCUGCCCAGGUUACCCUCUGAUGGAUGCAGGGAUCGCUGCUUUGCUCUGAUCCUCCGUCACAAUAAAUACGUGCUGCUGCUGGCUGAGAGUGCUGCAGAAUGCAGUCAGUGGCUCAAUGUGCUGAAAAAAGUCAAGAAGAGUCUCUCAUUGUCUCUGAGUCCUUGUCAAAGACAUCAGGUUGGACCACCACACAUCACUCUCUUUGACCUGGUUCCUGAGGCUGCUCCACCUGUGAGUGACGCAGAGUCACCCAACCAGAAAGGCAAGAAUUCUCCCCAGGGAAAGUUUGCCAAAGGAGGUUCACACUCGUGUCUGCGUCAUGGAAACAUCAGCAACGCUGAGGCAGUGAAGGCGGUUUAUGUGCUGAUGGGAGGAGCUGCUGCGUCCUCUGCUCUGGGUUACCUGGGCACAGGUGCAUCCUCUCACCUGGAAGCCAAGGCCCAUGACCUGUCAGUCAAUGUAGAUUUCUCUGAAGUGGGAGGGGCCGGAACGUACCACUCUGGCAGCCCUGGCCUCGACUCACCUCAUUAUAACACCUUUGACUUUGAUGUGGCAAACUCUGAAUUUGAUGCUUUUGAUUGUGGUGGAUUUACUUUUUAAAAAGGACGAGGACACUGAGAAAUGUCCAUGAUAUUUCACCAAUGGUUUGAUUAUUCAUUGCUUGGGCUUUUGUUUCUGUCCACCUGACACAUAUUUGACACUCUUGACUCUUUUGUUCUGUGGGAAAUAUUCCAUGUUUUUCCUCCAUGUGGUGCAGAACACGCCUGGUCUGGCACCUCUACUGUUAGAAUUGAUUUUGUGCAUGUGUUUAAAUCUGAUGCAGUCAAUCACAACAUGAUGAAAUGAAUCAUGUGUUAUUAAUAUUUAAUGAACCGUUAAACUCUCACAUGUUUGGGCUCCUCCCAAACGUUUCUGUCAGAUAUCCAGACUUUCACUUUCAUUAAUAAAUAUGUUGUGUCCCUUUCUUUUCCUUAUACAUGACACAAAAAUCACUUCCUAACAAACGACUGUGUUCUCUGCUGUGAGUUUGAUAUGAAGACAAAGUAAAUAAAUAAUAAAUAACUGAAGAACUAAGUUUACCAGAGAGAUCUCACACAAUCUGCCAGUGUUAACGCAAAUUGUGUUACAAAGCUGUUUUUAACAUUCUGACUCAAGUGCACAUUGAUUGGGAUAUGAUGCACAGUGGUGUAAAUGUCAGCGACAUCCUAACAGAUCUGAUGUAAGAUAAUAAGAGCUGAUAAAAUGGCUGUGUCAUUUGUUUGAUGAUAUUUCACAGAAUUUCAAAAUAAAAUCAUUUGUGUUUA